AAUUGAUUAUAAUUAAAAUUUUUAUGUAAUGUAUAAUACAUAUUGACGACAGAUGGCGUUAUUGUAUUCAAGAUGGCAGCCUCCAGUAAUGGUAUGCGUGGUAUUUGAGUAUGUGAAGAUUUAAAGUAACAGCGAAUGGGAUAAGUAUAAUUAUUAUCAAGAAUGAAUCAUAUUCGAUUAAAUUAUAAGAAUUUAGAUUAUCUUAUGCAAUGUUUGCGUUGGAGGGUAUUCUAUAACAGUAGAUGUGUGCAUUUUGCAUCUUGUUUGCACUCGAUUAAAUCGAAUGUAGACGAUAUUGAUUUUCAUAGAAAACUUCGCAGUGGCCCUUCUUUACAAGAUUUUAUUAAAACAAAUGAUUUAAAGAAUAAAGAAUUAUCAAUAGUAAAUGAAAGCCUCCAUCCUUACAUUGACUCUCAAACUGUUGAUGGAACAAAUAGAAAAGUUUAUAUACAAACUUAUGGUUGCCAGAUGAAUGUAAAUGAUACAGAAAUUGUGUGGGCAAUAUUGGAAAAGGCUGGAUAUUGUAAAGUUGAUAGCAAAGAAUUUGCUGAUGUAAUUCUUGUUGUAACAUGUGCAAUUCGAGAGGGAGCAGAACAGAAGAUAUGGCAUCUGCUAGACUAUUUAAAGUCACUGAAAAGAAAGAGAAAAUCAAAAUUUCCAUUAAAAGUUGGUGUUUUAGGCUGUAUGGCUGAACGACUGAAAAUGAAACUCUUAGAAGCAGACAAAGCGGUGGAUAUUGUAGCUGGUCCGGACAGUUAUAGAGAUCUUCCUCGAUUACUUUCCCUAGCGGAUGAUGGUCAAGAAGCAGUCAAUGUGAUUCUUUCGCUAGAAGAGACUUAUGCCGAUAUUACGCCUGUCCGAAUUAAUCCCAAUUCACCAAGUGCUUUUGUAUCUAUAAUGAGAGGUUGUGAUAAUAUGUGUAGUUAUUGCAUUGUACCAUUUACCAGAGGAAGAGAAAGGAGUCGUCCAGUAUCAUCUAUAUUAGAUGAAAUUAGACAAUUAUCUGAUAAAGGAAUAAAAGAGGUUACAUUAUUAGGACAAAAUGUAAAUAGUUACAGAGAUAUUUCAGAAGCAAAUUUUACUAUUUCUGAAACUUCAUUAAAUACUUCAAAACUUGCUGAAGGUUUUCGUACAUUAUACAAACCAAAAGUUGGUGGAUUACGAUUUGCUGAUCUGCUAGAAAAAGCAUCGUCCAUAAAUCCGAAUAUUAGAAUUCGUUUUACUUCACCUCAUCCUAAAGACUUUCCUGAUGAAGUUUUACAAAUAAUUCAAGAUAGACCAAACAUUUGUAAUAGCUUGCAUCUGCCAGCACAAAGUGGGAAUACACAAGUGUUGGAACGCAUGAGAAGAGGAUAUACUCGUGAAGCUUAUCUCAACUUGGUGCAUCAUAUCAGAAAUAAAAUCCCAGGUAAAUUUGUAUUCAAAUAAAUUUGGUGAUUAUACUUAAUAUGAAAUCAGGAAAAAUAUUGUAAAAUAUAAUAAAUAAAUAUGGCUAAUAAAAUUAUUUUAUGUAAUGUUUGUGACAAACUAAAACUGAACAAACAGUGAAUGGUUUUGUUUGUUUAAAUUCACUCACUUGACAUCAAAAAUUUCUAUUUAAAUAUUCAUGGAGUAAGAUUAAAGAAUUAACUAAAGAAAUCAGUUUUAUUAGUCUCUAAGGGAAAAAAUUAUUACAGGUAUCCCUUGAUUAACACAAUUAAUUCUUCGAUCCUAUCAUGGAUAUCAAAAUCAUGUUAAACAAAAUACGGUAUCUAUGUUAAGUAAAGACAGCUGGUAAAGCCAUGUAAAUUAAAACUUCUGCUGCAUAUAUAAAGGGAUUGCCGCAAUUAGUUUCAUGCGCUAAUCAAAUCACGUAUUAAACAAAACCAAGUUAAGCAAGGAAUACCUAUAUACAGUAGACCCCCCUAUAACGCUUAGAUACGUUCCACGCUAACCGAAAAUUACGUUGUAGGAAUGAUUAAAUACAUGAGCCAAUCGCAGC